UCGAAGAAGUAGGCGACUGCGGAUAUUACGGCAAUCUCUUUUUAACUGACCAAAUAAACACAAUUAUAUAUUUUAGUGUACUAAUUUCGGGAUGAGUUACAUGUGUUGUUUUUGUAGUUGAGUCUACGGGCAGAAAGUUAUAUUAAUACUUCGCCAUUUCUUUCGGAGGGAGCAAUCGUUGCCACGAAUAGUGUUUGAGGACUAGCCAGCUAAGUUGUUUGUUUUACCUCAAGCUAGCGAAAGACGGGUUGAAAUAUGGCGUGAAGCGGAGGCUGACUUUUACUAAUUCAGCAUUGGGUUAGAAGGGUCAACACAGGUAAUCAAGUCGGAUCAACUGAGGGUCAGGGGUUCCGUUCGGCCGGAACCUCCAAGCGCGCGUCGUCAUGGCUUGGGCCCUGAAACUGCCGCUGGCGGAUGAGGUGAUCGAGUCAGGUCUGGUGCAGGACUUCGACGCGAGUCUCUCUGGCAUCGGUCAGGAGCUGGGAGCCGGGGCUUACAGCAUGAGUGAUGUGCUGGCCCUUCCCAUCUUCAAACAGGAGGAGUCCAACCUUCCUCCGGACACAGAGAAUAAGAUCCUGCCCUUCCAAUAUGUUUUAUGUGCCGCCACCUCGCCUGCUGUCAAACUCCACGACGAGACGCUCACCUACCUCAACCAAGGACAGUCUUACGAAAUUCGAAUGCUGGACAAUCGGAAAAUGGGGGAGCUCCCGGAAAUCACGGGGAAAAUGGUGAAGAGCAUCAUCCGGGUGGUCUUCCACGACCGGCGUCUGCAGUACACUGAGCACCAGCAGCUGGAGGGCUGGCGCUGGAACCGGCCCGGAGACCGCAUCCUCGACCUGGACAUCCCGAUGUCGGUGGGCAUUGUGGAUCCCCGUGCCAACCCCACACAGCUAAACACAGUCGAGUUUCUGUGGGACCCGUCGAAACGGACCUCGGUCUUCAUUCAGGUUCACUGCAUCAGCACAGAGUUCACGAUGCGCAAGCACGGCGGAGAGAAGGGCGUGCCGUUCCGCAUCCAGAUCGACACCUUCAAAGAGAACGAGAGCGGAGACUACACCGAGCACCUGCACUCGGCCAGCUGUCAGGUCAAAGUCUUUAAGCCCAAGGGGGCGGACAGGAAGCAGAAGACGGACAGGGAGAAGAUGGAGAAGAGGGCGCCGCAGGAGAAAGAGAAGUACCAGCCCUCGUACGAGACCACCAUUCUCACAGAGUGCUCCCCGUGGCCUGAGGCUACCUAUGUAAACAACUCUCCGUCACCUGGAUUCAACAGCACCCACAACAGUUUCACAGUAGCUGAAGGAAACGGAUCACCAAAUCACCAGCCAGAGCCACCAGCACAGAUUGCAGAGGAGAUCAAUGAGGAUGCGGUACAAAGCUUUAGUGAUUCGUUGCCAUACCACCUACUCAGAAGAGACAGUGAGACCCAGCAGAAUCUGUUGCCCACAGCAACGCCACAGGAGGCCCAGCAGUGGCUCCAUCGAAACCGCUUCUCGCCCUUCUGUCGUCUGUUCACAAACUUCUCAGGGGCAGACCUGCUGAAACUGACCAGGGAAGACGUCAUUCAGAUCUGCGGCCCUGCCGACGGCAUUCGACUCUUCAAUGCACUGAAAGGGCGGGUGGUACGUCCGAGGCUGACCGUGUACGUUUGCCAGGAAUCCCAGCAGGCCCGGGAACAGCAACAGAAGCACGAGAACGGAGACGGCAGCAGCAGCACCUUCUUUGUGUACCACGCCAUUUACCUGGAAGAACUGACCGCCAAUGAGCUCACUGAGAAGAUCGCCCAGCUCUUUAGCAUCUCUCCUAGGCAGAUCAAUCAGAUCUUCAAACAAGGACCCACUGGUAUCCAUGUGCUGGUCAGUGAUGAGAUGAUUCAGAACUUCCAGGAUGAGAUGUGUUUUGUUCUGGACACAAUGAAAGCCGAGACAAACGAUGGGUACCACAUCAUCCUGAAGUGAAAAAGCCGACAGUUGGAUUGGUGGCGGGGUGGUUCGGUUUGGGUGGGGUGGAGUUGGGUGAGGUGGGGACAGGUGGGGGUGUGGACACACGCAACAGUCCUCCCCUCCUGCCCUCCUCCCCUCGUUCGCUCGCUCCCUCCCCCCCUCCCCGCCCCGCCUCGUCUUCUUAGACUUUCGUCUCAACCACACCCCCCACACACAAAAGCCCUCUCCAGAACCCUCGCCCUCCAGUGCCCAAUGGAUUACGUUGACGACUCCGUUGUUUCACCCUGAACGCGUGUGAGGAGAUGAGGCCUCAGUGAAGGACACCGGUGUGGGGAAAGAAGAACUGACAUCAUCCAACCCUCGCUCACCUUACUGUCUUAUUCGACCCCUCCCUUCCUCCAUCUAUGCCCUCUGCCAUCCACUCGUUUUCUUUUGUAUUCAGUAACUUCCUGCUUUGUCGCUUAUGCUUCUUAAAGAAAGUAAGAUUUGAAGAAAAUGGAAGGUUAAAAAAAAAAAAGCUUUUUGUUUUGUUUUUUUGGUAUGUGUCCCGCAUUAGUCGAGUGCGUUGAGUGCCAAAAUGUGAGAGACGGAAACACCCCACACACACACACACACACACACACACACACACACACACACACACACACACACACACCACCCCAUUCACUGCCUGUCCUCUGAUCUGAAAGGUAAACCAAACCAACAAAACUAAACAAAAAAGCUACAAUAUCACACGCAUAAGGCCCUUUUGUUCUGCCUUUUAUUAUUAUUUUUUUGUUUUUGUUUUUUUUAUUCCUGGAUCCCGAUAUGCAAAUUCCACAUGCAUUCUAAUUACUCUGAUGUAGCCUGUCGGAUAUCUGACAGAUAUCCGCAGAGCUUGACACUUAAUCUGCUGAAGAGACAUGGCAACAGGAAGUGAUGUCAGAGGAAGGCAUACCGCAUGACAUUUCAAGCUUCAGUGAUGUGUUUGCUCAAUGUCUUUGUGACUCAUCUGUCACAGUAGAGCCCACUGUGACAUCUUGAUGAAAUUCCAUGCUUACCCAAGAGUUAAUGAAUUAGGAGCACUGCGUCCCUAUCAUGGUUGUCUGUUUUUUUGUGUACUAUGCCUGGAUUUGAUUAUGUAGGAGUUGUGCCAUGAGCAGUCCAUUUCUGAGAAAGUUUCAUUUCUUUUUGUUUGUUUUUGUUUUUUAGUACCCCUAAAAUCUUACCCUUUAAUAUCAAUUAACAGCUGUCCCUCUGUCACCGUUUCGAAGUUGAAGCUCAGAUCAGAAAGAUGUGUGGCGAGAAGGUGCCUUGGAGUAGAGGGCCUUGUUUCUUUUUCAGUUUUUGAAAAAAAAAAAAAAUCUGUUUUGUUUUGUGUAAAAGUCUCUUGAUUUGAAGGUUAAUGGUCAGUUUUGAUGGUCUUGACUGAAGGAUACCCUGCAUCUUUGCCCCAGCAUCGCCUUGCGCUGGCAGAGCUAUUUGUAACACAUGUCCUCUGAGUCUGAGUAGUGUCGAGAUGUUAACAUGCAGGAACAACCGAAUGCACAAGACACGAGGACUGGACACUCUGGAGUCCUCUGACCCCUGAACUAAAGACGUAGAAGUCUACAUUAAGACGAUGAGUUUAUAAAUGCAUCGUCUCACAGUCACUCCUUCACUCCUCUCUGUUUUUGUUUUUGUUUUUGUUUUUGUUCUGUCGCUCUACCACAGCAUUAUUCUCUCUGUAGCAGACAGGUUUUUUUAAGAGCCACCAAACUCCACAAAUAGGGAAUCCUUCCGAGAAAAACAAACAAACAACAACAACAGCAAAAACAUUCAAACAACAAAAUGUUUCAAUGUGCGUAGGCCUGUGUAUAACCCCCAGUUUCUUUCGUCUUUAUUUUUUUUUAUGUUUUUUUUUUUUUUAAACAUAAUUGUGUUUACUAUCAGUGUAUUACUUUUGUUUUAUCAUUGGAUAUUACCACUUCCAGACUCUAAUCCAUCUCGAGGGUUGUUGUUGUUGUUGGUGUUGGUGGUUGAUGCGCUGUACCUGCAUGAGGAGAGCAAGCAGUGGUUGUCAUUUCUGAUCAGUUGUGCUAGAUGCGUCAAACGUGGAUGCUGGGACACAGUGAUGUUGUCCAUCGUUGCCCCCCCUUUACCCAUGUCAUCACGAUGAUUAAACUACUUACCCAUCAAGAUGCCCAUGA